UUUUGUGAUGUUGAUCCGUUUGCGGUCGAAGGCUGGGACGUGGCGCGUGCCCGACCUCUCCGCGGCGUCGACGGUCGGCGACAUCAAGCGCUGGGUGCAGAAGGAACAUGCGCUCUCGGUCGAUCGGCAGGUCAUUAGCUCGGACCCGAAGCAGUCGUCCGUGCUGGCGGACGCCAUGACCAUGCGGGCGCUGCAGGUCGGCCACGGCGACAUGCUCUACCUGGACUUUGACGGCGAGGCCAUUGCGACGACGAACGCGGGCGGCGCGGUCCAGCGCAAGAUAAACGCCGAUGGCACGCUGACGCAUGCGGCGUACGACACGCGCCUCGAGAAGACGGGCUUCCGCCCGGGCAUGAAGUCGCUCCGGGACAUGAAGAUGCACUGGACGCUCUCGGAGUUUAUGGAAAUGGACUCGCAGUUUGAGUUCAAGAUCAAGGCGCAGAAGAAGCCGUACCUUGAGAAGGUCCUCCUCGACGGCGCGUCGUGCAACAGCUUCCAGGCGUACCUGCGCCAGUUUGCGUUCCAGCAGUCGCGCUGCGGCUGGCUCUACGGCCGCAUCGAACCGCCCACGUCCACGGACGAAGACGCGCUGCCCACGGUCGUCGUCGAGUGCAUCUACGAGCCGCCGCAGACGGGCGACCCGUACGGGUUUGAAGUGCACGACGACCCGCACGCCGACAAGGUCGACGCCGUCGCAGCUGCGCUCGGGUGGGCCAAAGUCGGCUGGAUCUUCUCCCACCCGCCCCGUGAAGACGAGACGUUCCACUUCUCCAGCCGUGAAAUCCUCCUCGCCGCGCAGCUCCAGCUCGACGCGGGUGGCCCGAAAUCGCCCUUUGUGACGGUCAAGGUGACACUGGACAAGGAAGGCCAAGCCUCGUUCGAGGCCUUCCAGGUCAGCGACCAGUGCCUCGACAUGUUCUCGGCUGGCGCGCUCGUCGAAGACGAGGCCAACCCCGCGGUCAGCGCGAUCCACGAUACGUUCACCGCCAUGGUCGAGAUGAAGGCGGCGAAGGAGGUCGACAACAACUUUUUCUUGUGCGUCGUGCCCGUGUCCAACCACACGUCGGCGCUCGCGUCGGACUUUCCGCCGCUGCACCGCGAGGGCAGCUACCGCACGCGGCAGACGCUCAAGAACGCGCUGCGCAAAAGCGGCGCAUACGUGGACCGUCUCAAGGACUUUCAGCUCCUCGUGUUCCUCGCCGACUACCUCGACGUGCACACCGACAUCCCCGUCAUCUGCCAAAGCAUCUUGUCGCCAGACGUACCGCUCGACUCGGGGUACCCCGUCUUGAUCGACUCGGUCGCAGGGCACUAAGCAUCUUCCAUAAGAAGACCCUUUGUGCGACAGAGGGCUACGCGUGUUGUGGU